AUGCAAACUAACAAUAUAGAUGAGAAGCAACGAUUAUUGGAUGAUUCGAAAGCAUCGACAGCAAGGUUUCAGGUAAAAUAUUGAUUGGAGGGAGCAGAACAGAUGUCUGAAAAUUAAUGUCUUGAAAAAAAAGAGAGAGAUGAAAGGCUUCAGACAUUUUUAAAAUCGAAAUCUGGUUUUCGCCACGAAAGUUACAACAGAAAAAUCUAACAUUGAAAAAUUCCUAGUCAAAAAGAGAUCCUGUAAAUAGAAAUUCUGAAAUUUACAUGUUUUUUUUUUUACAAAAUCUGGUCCGAUUAAUCGGACCCGAUUUUGAGGGUUUUCUGAAUCGGACCAGGGUGACAUUUCUUCAAUAGGAAUCGGACCACAAAAAAGGAAUCGGACCAGGUCUGAUUUUUUGAGAAAAAUUCUGAAUCGGACCCGAAAAAUCGGACCACUUUUUCAAAAAAGUUAAUUUUUUGGUGCAAAAAUCAGGAUAUUUUGAAAAAGUGGUCCGAUUUUUCGGGUCCGAUUCAGAAUUUUUCUCAAAAAAUCGGACCUGGUCCGAUUCCUUUUUUGUGGUCCGAUUCCUAUUGAAGAAAUGUCACCCUGGUCCGAUUCAGAAAACCCUCAAAAUCGGGUCCCAUUCCUAUGGUCCGAUUCAAAAACUGCCUAAAAUUCCCUCUAAAAUUCAUGCUCAAACUAUUUUUAGAUGAAUUCCACGAAAUUUUAUUAGAAAAACAUUUUUAACAAAAACAAAAAUAUUUUCUCUAAUAAUAGAUUUUUGAACGUGACCUUUGAAAAUUUUUCCCAAUUCAAAAUUAAUUUUCAAAAAAUCGCGCAUUUCUCAAUUUUGCAGGUCAGUAAAACUGGGGAUGGCGAAGGAAAGGAAAAAAGUGGCAGCGAACCGCCUCCAUCAAAUAUCGAACCAACUGUAACCCGAAAAAUGAGUGCAACUGGAAGAUUCAUGGUUGUAUCGGAAAAUGAUGCGAAAGAAGACGAGUUGGCCGAUCUUCGAGAAGGCGACAAAUCUCCAGCUGGAAGUAGACAUCGUGGUGUUCAUUUUUCGGUUGGUGAUAAAGAAAAUGUUGAAGAAAAAGAUGAAAGUAUGCAUCGACAACAAUCACAGGAUCAUCAAACUACAUAUAAUAUGAAAAGUUGGAGAAAUAUGAAAACCAUCGAGCAUCCACCAAUUAUUGAUUUUUAUCGGAAUUCUGUUGAUACUGAAAGUAUUUUUGUUCGUCCUUCAAUGGCUCAAUUGAUAAAUGGUAAUCAAACGAUUCCGGAAGAAAUUGGUUUCGAAGAAUUGAAUGCGCAUACACAUCAUUUGGAAGAAUCACCAGAUCAUGAUAUCCAAAAACCGGGAAAAAUUGAGAAAAUGAAAGGGCCAACACAACAAAAUCGAGUGAAAUUCGGAUGGGUUCAAGGGGUAUUUGUUCGAUGUAUUCUCAAUAUUUUUGGAGUUAUGCUAUAUCUUCGAUUGAGUUGGGUGACUGGACAAGCUGGAAUUGGUCUAGGAUCUUGUAUUGUUUUACUCGCCUCACUUGUCACAACAAUUACCGCGAUUUCAACUUGCGCCAUUUGCACAAAUGGAGAUGUGAAAGGUGGUGGCGCGUAUUUUUUGAUUUCUCGAUCACUUGGACCUGAAUUUGGGGGAUCUAUUGGUAUCAUUUUUUCGAUUGCGAAUGCGGUUGGAGCUGCUAUGUAUAUUGUUGGAUUUGCUGAGACGGUUAGAGAUAUUUUGAUGGGAUAUGAUAUGCCGAUUUUUGAUGGAGGGAUUAAUGAUGUGAGGAUUAUUGGAUUCAGUGAGUUUUUCUUCUGGAAAUAGUUCACAAGCAGGCCUGUGCCGGAAAAUCAAAACCCGGAAAACGGAAAUUCGGAAAAUUUCCCAAUUAUUUGAACCGGAAAAUCCGGAAAAUUCGGAAAAUUUUCAAAGUCUUAAAUUUCGAUUUUCAGCCUUCAGUUGACAGUAAAACUUAUUUUUAGCUACUAUUUUUCUAUUCGCAGGUGAUUUAGUAACUAUUUGAGACGUUUUACGUUCAAAAAAUGGUAAAAUUUGAACAAUUGGAAAAAAAUUCCAAAAAAUCUCAUUUUUUCUAUCAUAAACUGAGAAAAUUUCCCAAAAUUUAGGCAAUUUUGAAAAUACUUUACUAAAGAUCAUUUUCCGGAUUUUCCGAGUACAUUUUCCGGAAAAUCGGAAAAUUUAUUUUUCCGUGAAAAAACCGGAAAAUCCGGAAAUUCGGAAAAUUCGGAAAAUUUCCGGCACAGGCCUGUUCACAAGGAAACCUUAUUCACUCAACACUUCAAAUCAUGAUGAAAUUUGGUCCAUGGACAGCUUUUGGGGCCAUAAGAACACCCUAAAAAUUUUAGUCUCCCAAUGGACCUCUGAGCCAAGUUCUGGGCUCUCAAAAGUUCAAAAAUUGCCAAAAUUGGCUCAUAAAACACGUCAUAACUCGAUUCUCGAUAAAUUGUAUGAAAAACUGAGUAGAAGAUGAUGAUCAGCGUGGUCGAUUUACCCAAAAACAUCAAUAAAUCAAAUUUUCAGAAAAAUAUCUGAAUUUGAAAAAAAGAAUGAGCAGGGGCACAUGAAUUUUCAGCCGAAAAAUAAAAAAAAUUCAAAAUUUUUUGAAAAAAUGUUUUUUAUUGAUGUAUUUUUAGUAAAUCGACCAUGCUGAUUAAUAUCUGAAACUUUAUUUCUCCCAAAAAAUUUUUGAAAUCGAGCUAUGAUGACUUUUAUGAGACCAUUUAGGCAAUUUUUGAACUUUUGAGAGCUCAGAACUUGGCUCAGAGGUCCCCAGGUUCCCUUGUCAGAAUCUUGAAUUUCGUAUCUGAUUUUUCUUUCAAAAAAAAAUUCCUGAAUAUCAUAUUUUCAGUCACUUGUAUCAUAUUGAUGGGAAUUGUUUUCAUUGGAACUGAAUUCGAAUCAAAAAUGCAAAUGGGUCUCCUUUUCAUUCUUCUCGCUUCAAUCGUCAAUUACUACAUUGGAACUUUCAAUCCUCUAAGCGCCGAUCAACAAAAAUAUGGUAUAACCGGCUACAAAUGGGAUAAUUUAAAGACGAAUUUCUUGCCGAAUUUCGAAAAAGAACACGAAAGCGACACUGCAAAUCAUACAUUUUUCUCGGUUUUCGCGAUUUAUUUCCCAGCAGCAACGGGAAUUAUGGCCGGUGCUAAUAUUAGUGGCGAUUUGGCUGAUCCGCAAAAAGCGAUUCCACUUGGAACUUUGUUGGCUAUACUUGUCACAACUUUUGUUUAUAUUGCGACGGUUUGGGUGACUGGAGCAACUACUCAAAGGUUUGUAGGCUUUUGGGUUCUGGAUUCCAUGGAAACGUUAAAAAAUUAAAAAAAAAAUCUCUUUUUCCAGAGAAAAGUUGAAAUUUAUUUUGAAAAGUAAACUUUCAGAAGAUGAUUUUCAGCCAAAAAUUCACUCAGAAUUUCCGGCUUUUUUGUGCCGCAAAAAUCCACAUGUAAUUUUAAUUACCCGGAGAAUAUUUAGUGCAAAAUUAUUGAUUUUUUACGGUGAAAAUCCACGUGGCAUUUUUUCGCUAGUUUUGAAACAUUUGAAGCGUUCAAAUUUCAAAAAAUCCAAGUUCGCAUCAAAAUAUUUUGUUCAUAAAUUUUCUGAACUUCUAGUUUCUCUUCAGUUAAUCUUCAUUUUGAAAAGUGAAAUUUUAGAAGCCGAAAAUUCACUACAAAUGAAAUUUUCAGAAUUUCCGGCUUUUUUUGUGCCGCAAAAAUCCACUUUUUUAUUACCCGGAGAAUAUUUAGUGUAAAAUUAUUGAUUUUUUACUGUGAAAAUCCACGUGGCAUUUUUUCUUGUUUUGCAAUGUGUGAAAAAUUAGAAAUUUUAAAAAAUCCAAGUUCGCAUCAAAAUAUUUUGUUUAUAAAUUUUCUGAACCUCUAGUUUCUUUUCAGUUGAUCUUCAUUUUGAGAAGUAAAAUUUUAGAAGAUGAUUUUCAGCCAAAAAUUCACUACGAAUGAAAUUUUCAGAAUUUCCGCUUUUUUGUACUGCAAAAAUCCACAUUUUCAUUACCCGGAGAAUAUUUAGUGCAAAAUUAUUGAUUUUUUACUGUGAAAAUCCACGUGGAAUCUUUUUACCAUUUUUGCUAAAAAUUCGAAAUUUGAAAAUUCCACGUGGAUAAAAUAGUUCUUCUAGAAAAUUAUCUGAAAAUUUUUUCUUGUGAAAUUUUUGAAAAUUGGGAAAAAUUGACCCUAAAGGUUCCAGAUUGUGAAUCAUCUUGUUUUGGACCUCAAAUUCAUGAAAAUUCAGCCUUGGAGCUUGAAAAUUGAUGAAAUUUGUCCCUAGAGGAUCAAGACUAUGGCAAAUUUUGUUCCAGACCUCAAAUUCUUGAAAAUUCAGCUUUGAACAUUUUGAACACAAAGAGAAUUGGUAAAAAAUGGUUCCAGGGGUUUUUUUUCAUGAAAAAUCAUUUUUCCACACUCCAAACUCAAUUUUUUUGCAGAUAUUAUAUGGAACCGACAGACUUGUUCCCAAGCAAUACAACUGAUUUUCUCAUAAGACCACCAUGUGCAGCAACAUUUAAUUGUACAGGUGGCCUCAUGCACAAUCACAAUAUAAUGAAAUACGGAUCACUAUUCGAGAUUCUAAUCAUUGCUGGUAUUUUCGCUGCCACUCUAUCUUCCGCUUUAGCAAGUCUUGUUAGUGCUCCAAAAGUCUUCCAAGCUGUCUGCAAAGAUCGAUUAUUCCCGAAAAUUGGUUAUUUCGCAAAAACCUAUGGAAAAAGUGAAGAACCGAAACGCGCCUAUGUUCUAGGAUUCAUUUUAGCCCUCUCGAUGGUCGCAAUUGGUGAACUCAAUGCGAUUGCUCCAAUUAUAUCCAAUUUUUUCCUUGGUAGUUAUGCACUUAUUAAUUAUGCGUGUUUCGAUCAAAGUUUUGCGGAUUCGCCGGGUUUUCGACCGGGUUUCAAGUAUUAUAAUAUGUGGACUUCGUUGAUUGGAGCGAUUUUGUGCGUUUUUGUCAUGUUUAUUAUUGAUUGGGCGACGGCGCUUGUCACUUUCUUCUGUUUUGCUAGCAUUUUUAUGUAUAUUUUGCAUAGAAAACCAGGUAAAUUUUGACGGGGGGAAGUUUGAUAGAAAAAGUGAUUUUUGAGCUUGAAAAUUACCCGAUUUUCAUCAAUGUUUUCAAAAUUGUAGAUUUUUUGGUCCAAAAACAUCCCCAAAUAACUCUUUUUCAAAAAUUUUAGCUCUGAAAACUUGAAAAUUCACAUUUUUGAUGAACUCCAAGCUGAAAAUUGCUUCGUUUCGUCAAAAAAAAUCAAGAAAUUUGAUGUUUUCUACUUGUAGAAACUAAAAAAUUUCAAUUUUUUAGAAAAUCUGAAAUAUUAAUUUUUCUGAUUUUCCUCCUAGGGAUUUUCCUCUAUAGGUUUAUUCUAGAUUUUCAGCGAUUUUGAGACAAAUUUGGACUCCAAAUUCUAAUUUUUUAAACAAAAAAAAAUACGUUUCAAAAUUUCGAUAUAAUUUAUUAUCAAUUUUAUUUUCAAUUUGAAUACUGAAAAAAAUUCGCAAAAAUAAAUUGAAACCAAACUUUUAAAUUGGAAAAAUUCUUUUAAAAAAAUUAGGAUGAACAUUGUGAAAUUAUCGAUUUAUGAAUCACAAAGUUCAUGAAAAUUUCAUUAAUUCCUUUUUUUUAAAUUUUUGAGCUUGAAAAUUACCCGAUUUUCCUCUGGAAACAUUACGAGUGUAAAACGUUUUCUGAAAAUUCAAAAUUCUAGAUUUUUCGGUUCAAAAAUAUCCUUGGAUAUUUUUCAAAAACAUCUAGGUCAAUUCAUUUUUUUUUAUUUUUUUAGAGCUCAAAAAUUAAAAAUAUGUGAUUUUCUACAAAUAAACUAACAAAAACCACAAAAUAUUUAUCUUCUUUUUAAAUCUCUAAAAUCUGUUCCAGAUGUAAAUUGGGGUUCCUCAACACAAGCCCAUAGCUACAAAAAUGCGCUAUCCGCAAUGAUCAAAUUAUCAACCACCGAAGAACACGUCAAAAACUAUCGGCCUCAAUUUUUGGUGUUGACUGGAAAUCCAGCAGCCAGACCAUCAUUGGUCGAUUUUGCCAAUAAUAUUACGAAAGGAAGCAGUUUAUUGAUUUGUGGAUAUGUUGUACCGGUAAGAUUUUUUGGGGAAAUAAGGUCGAGCUCCUUUACAACCAGAUGUUUUUCAGUACGACCCAUCAGAUCGUGUGUUCUCGGUGAUUCGAAAAUUGGACCGACAAUUAAACGAUUGGCUGAGACGCCGAAAAGUCAAGGCGUUCUAUCAAAGUGUGGCGAAUUCGAGCCUCCGAAUCGGAGCACAAUCACUUCUACAAUUGACUGGAAUUUCGAAAAUGCGACCCAAUAUUGUGUUGGUUGGCUUCAAAUCGAAUUGGUAUAAAGAAGGACCGAGUGAGGCGAAUUUGAAUGAGAUGAAUGAAUAUUUUGGGACUAUACAGUGAGUUUUUCCGAGUUUUCUAGGGAAAAAUGGAUAAAAAUCCAUUUUUUCUAGUCUAGUUCUCUAGUAUGAACUAUAUUUAAUAUCAAUUUUUCAAUAAACCAUGCUCCAGGGCUUAAAUUUUAUGAAAUUUGCAAAUUAGUCACCAAAAAUUAACGAUUUCUUUUAUUUUUUCUCUUACGUCGCCAUUUUUGACUCAAAAAAUCGAUAAAAAUUCAAUUUUCUAGUCUAGUUCUCUAGUUUGAACUAUAUUUAAUAUCAAUUUUUCAUGCUCCAGGGCUACUAAAAUUUUGUGAAAUUUGCAAAUUUUUGGUCGAAAAUCGACAAAAAUGAAAUUUUUCUAGUCUAGAUUUCUAGGCUGAUUGAUUAAACGCUGAAUAUUUAUAUUUCACCAAAAAUACUCCAGAGCUCUAGUUUUUUAAUUUUUAUUCAAAUUUGGCGCCAAAAAUUAUCGAAUUUAUUUUCUCUUGAAUUUUAAUCUUUCAAAUCUGCAGCCAGAACCAAAUUUCCCCAAAAAUGCUAUAAUUCUCAAAUCUUCCUCCCAAAAAAUCCUCCAUUUUUCAGAGAUGUCUUCGAUUGUAACAUGGGUGUUUGUGUUCUUCGAAACGGACAAGUUGGACUCGAUUUCUCAGAAGCCAUGAAAAAUUUGAAUAUCGGAGAAACGCGGCCAAUCAAAUUGGCACAAAUGGAAGAUAAAACGCCUGAAGAGUUGGUUUUGUUUCUUGAGAAAUUCUUGAAAAUCCUAAAAAAAAAUUUUCAGAAAAGUGAAACUGAUUGAAAAAGAAGAGCCAACUUUGCAAGCAAAAGAAGAUGAUGAAUGUGAGUUUUUUUUGUUGAAUUUUAUAUUAAGAAAAUCCUCCAAACUAGAGUCUAGUUUUGAAUAUCAAAAAAAAUAUUUAGCAGCCCGGUUAUCGCAUCGGGGAAGUUCCCGAAGUAUGGAAAUGUUUCAAAGAAUAAAUGCAUUUUAUAUUUAUGGUUUGUAAGAAAUGUUGUAUUGUGAAUUAGAUGUUGUGAAAUUUUUCCUGAUUUUUCUUAUCUCCCCAGAAAUCCUAAUUAUUUUCAGCCUCCACUUCUCUCAAUGAACAAUAUGUUUCGGAUGCUGAAGAAGAGGAUGAAGAUCGAGAAUAUGAAUCAGAUCGAGGAGAAAAUGAGGAAGAAGAUGAUGAAGAGGAAGAAGAAGAGAAAUCAGAAGAUAUUGAAAAAGCGGAAAAAAUGGAUGAAAGUGAAAGACAUCGACAUUUUUCGUUGCGAAGAAGAGGAUCUCGACGACAUACAAUGGAACAGAAAGCAUUGCUUGCCUCAAUUGCCAGAUUUCAACGAAAAGUGAAAAAAGGAGUGAUUGAUGUUUGGUGGUUGUAUGAUGAUGGAGGAUUGACACUUUUGAUUCCGCAUUUAUUAACAAUUCCGAAAUCGUAUUUGGAGGGAGCGAGAUUGCGUAUUUUUACGAUUUCGACGAGUUCGAGGACAAUGGAACAGGAACAGCGGGGAAUGGCGGCACUUUUAUCGAAAUUCCGAAUUGAUUUUAGCGAUGUUUCGGUGAUUGCGGAUAUUGGAAAGAAGCCACGGCAGGAAACGAUGAAAACAUGGCAAUCGAUAAUUGAUCCGUUCAUUGCGCAAGAUGGAAAUUGUCCGGUUGGAAUGACGACGAAUUCGGAAUUGAGUGCGCAAAGAGAUAAAACUUAUCGACAAUUGAGAGCUGGUGAAUUGUUGCAAGAGCAUUCGGUUAAAUCUGAUCUUGUUGUUAUGUGAGUUUUUUGGGAAUUUUGAAAAAAAAUUUAAAACCACUUUUGACGCGAAAAAUUAAUUACAAAAUUUGCUUGAAAAUCAAAAAUUUUGCCACGUGGUGACUUCGAUGUCAAAAAUCCCGAAAUUUCCCAAUUUUUGAAUUUUUCUCGCCAAUGCAGUAAUUUGGCUGAAAUUUCCAGCUUUUUAUCUUAAUUUUUUUCGAUUUUCAGCUUUUAGCACGUUUAUCGCUGAUAUUUUGGCUGAAAUAUAAUACUGUAAAUUUUUGGGGCCAAAAUUAGAAAAUUGCAAAAUUUUCCGAUUCUUUUUGACAUCAAAUAUUAUGAAGUUUUCAAAAUGUCAAAAUUUGCUUGAAAAUCAAAAAUUUUGCCACGUGACAACUUUGAUGUCAAAAAUCCCCUAGAAUUUUCCCGCCACCAAAAUAUGGCUGAAAUUUUGUUUUUUUUUUUGCUCGUUUUCAGGUUUUAACUAAUUUUGGCCCCAAAAUUAGAAAAUUGCAAUAUUUUUCGAUUCUUUUUGACACCACGUGGCAUUUUUUUUCGAUUUUUUGAAAUUGGAAAAAAAUUUAUCUUCGCGCCAAAUUUUGAUACUGUAGAUUUUGAAGCGGAAAGGAGAAAUUUUGAAAAAAAAUGAAUUUCAUUUUUUUCCCAAAAUAAAUUUUGCUCAAUAUCCACGUCAUAGUUCACGCAAUUUGCGCAAAUAAGAAUUUUUUGAGAUUCUGUGAAAAAUAAUUUCUUAUUUUGCAGGACACUUCCGGUCCCUCGAAAAGGAAUGGUCAGCUCAUCACUUUAUCUUUCUUGGCUCGAAGCCAUGACACGUGGAUUACCGCCUGUUUUAUUUGUUCGUGGAAAUCAACAAUCUGUACUGACUUUCUACUCAUAA